AUGAUCUUCACUAUUCAGAGUUUCCAAAGCGCCAUUUUGAGUUGGAUUGAGUUCGUCUCUCAAAUCUAUCGACACCUACCUCCCUCAGUGACAUGGGUUCGACAUAUCACAGGAAAUCAAACUAGCUCACUCAGUUUUCGCAUCUUUUUCUGCUUGUUCUACAUUCUUCUAAAACCUUAUCAGACCAAUUUCGUCAGCUCGAGGGAAGAGGAGACGGGUUUAUGUCCGCUUUGCUUGGAGAAACCAAGCCCCGACUUGGCAAUUCUAGGCUGCAAUCACACAUUUUGUCGGGAUUGCAUGGACCGCUGGUUGAUACAAGGCAGCGAGUGUCCUCUCUGCUCCCGUCCCUUGGGCGAAGAGUUCAUCACUUGGCGAGAUGGAUCCACUUCAUGUCUUGUCUACUUCUUCUAG